AAAAAGCCUCGCGAGUCGCCGGUGGAAAUCAAAUCCCACCGAGGAAUAAGAUGAUGCCAAGCAGCGUAGCCAUUACGUUCUCACUCGCAUUCCUCUCUUUUUUUCCCCCCUUCACCUGACCGAUUACCAUAAAAUAUCUGUAUUUCCAUUUUCAUCUGCUCCGUUUUCGUUUUUUAUUUUUAUUUUUUAACUUUUUCCUUUUCUUUCAAAACUACUACAUUCCCUGGCGUACCAGGAUUCGUUCAAGGAAUGGCUAAGGCCGCCGAGAAUUGGGAUUGACUAUGACGAGGCCUUGCAUGCGAGUAACCAUAGCAUGGACAAUCUGCCAGGGGCGUUGGGAACCAGCGCCAGCUUAGCUCUGCGGUUGGGUCAGACUGUCUUCUCCUCUGCCUCCCUUCUCUUCAUGUGCUUGAACGUUGAUUUCUACAGCUAUACUUCCUUCUGCUAUUUGGUGACAGUCAUGGGUUUGGCAAUUCCCUGGAGCCUGACGCUGCUGGUAGUGGAUGCACAUUCUGUUUUCAUUAGAUGUUUACCUCGUCAACCAAGAAUAAUAUUGGUCAUUAUUCUAGGAGAUUUGGUUUUGUCGUUUCUCUUGCUAGCUGCAGCGUCUUCGACAGCUAGUGUCACAGAUCUCCUGCAUGAUGCCGGAAGAUCCUACUGCCCUGCAAACUUAUGUAGUAGAUAUCAGUUGUCUGCUGCAAUGGCAUUCUUGUGUUGGUCCCUUUCAUUUGCUUCAUCUCUCUUCAAUCUUUGGCUUCUUCCUUCUUUAUGAAAUUCUGAGCGGCAGUUGAAAUUUGUACAAAUGAAAUGGGCAAAUAUCAACAGUCAUGUUUUCCAAAAUUUA